AUGGAAAUGGAAGUUAUACAAAUUGAGGAAGAAAAAGAAGAAGAAGAACGUCAAAUCGAACAAUCAUCACACGGAAUGUUGAUUGGCACAAAAGUGAGUUUUUUUUCACAAAAUCUAGAAUGAAGAUGUGAUUUAUGAACUCUAAAAUUUCAGAACUUUUUCAUGAAGCUGUUUGGCAUUGAUAGAGAACCUCAUAUUAAAAAAUUGCCCAACGAAGUGCUCGCAGUUAUUUUUUCAAAGGUGAGUGCAUUUUGGUUGCGAGAAUCUCUUUCCAAAAAAGUUUCGAAAUUCAAAAUGUUCUUGUUUUUCAGCUCGAACACAAAGAUAUUCAACAAUUACGAUUAUCGGCAAGAUUUUUAGCCAAUGCUUAUAAAUUAGAACGAUGGAGAAUUCCUGGCCCAACACAAAAAGUCACAAUGACUUAA